AUGGACGCCCAAGUACCGUCCAUCUUAGACCUUGUAUUUGCUAAGUCACUCGAUUUUGUUGGUGACAUUACUUACGGACCUCCACUGGGUUCCAGUGAUCAUGUUUGUUUGCUCUUCAGUUGUACUCCGUCUAGACGCUACCAGAGUACUGUUGAGUCCCGAACAUAUGGCACGCAGGCUAUCAAGCAAUGUGAGCCAAGGCUUCGGGUUUGCAUUGUGAGAUCUCGGACGAUGAUACUGUCGACGUUGCCUGGGAUAAAUGUAAGUCCUACCUCAGAGGUCUCUGCUUCCUUCAUCCCAGUCAGAAGGAGAAAGGAGGCCCGAGCACAGCCGCCCUGGAUAGAUCCCACCGGCAGGCAUCCGCUCAUAAAAAGGUCUAGAUGUUGGCGGAUUUACGGGGAUGCUCCGUCCACCGAUACUUAUGA